AUGGCUGACAGUAAGCAUGAAGCUGAAAAAAGUAAUGUAGUAACAGAGAGCAACAAUAUCCUGGACAAGCAUAGAACAGAUAAUUAUAUCUCUACAGAAUGUGAAGAUAUUGAUACCAUUUCUGUUCGCAUUAGCCAGGAGCAUGACAGCAGGAGAGAAUUAGUAGAAACUCCCCACAAUCUGAAUAAAUCAGGAGAUGUUAAUUAUAAAAGUAGUAUUGAGGGAGAAUCAGUUCCUAAACAUUGCAUGGAUGCUGCAGGCGACCUCAAGGAAAGCUCUAGCCAACCAAAGCUUCACUGUCAACCUGAUGCUGACAGAGAGAAAGGUGAAAAAUGGGAAACAGAAGCACAGGAAAAAUCUGAGCAUGGCUUGAGUGAACUCCCGGAGUCAGUGAAGUCUUCUGGUGUGAGCUGUGGAGAAAAUGUUUCUCCUGUGGAACCAGUCACUUCAGAAGCUGAGGCUGCCACUGACAGAUCUGAGCCACCUUUACCAGAGCUGUCCUAUAUAGAUGACUCAUCCAGUAUGAGGGAGCCAGAUGCAAGCAAGAUACGGCCUGACAGUAAAGACCCGGACAGACAGUCUCAGAUUAGUCCCAAGGAUUCAGAACUGUUGAAAACUGAGCUUUUGUCCAAAUGCAGGUCUGGGUUGGAGAUGUGUGCCUCCAGAUUCCCAUGCCAUUACAAGUCUCUGUAUAGACUGGCUCACUUGUACUACCACACAAAGGAACUGGAUAAAGCUCGAGACAUAUUGCUAGGAAGACCUGACUGGCAAGAGCAUUCUUACAUGCCAGCACCCGGUUUAUUUGCAGAUAGAAAGCAAAAUAACUUUUUUCAGGGUCUAUGGAGGAAUCCUGUUGAGGAUAUUGACCGCUCCGGCAGCUUUGCCACUCACGUCCAUCGUUCAGUCAGGCUUCUGUUUGAGGUACUGUGUGAUUUAGGAGACCUGGAAAUGCUGAAAAAUCUGCACAACCAACUUAGGCGCACUCCUGAGCCAGGAAAAAAAUACCUACGUGAUGCCGAGCGGUUAGUGUUAGCUGAAGAAGCAUUUCUCAAGUGCGUGAUAGUAGUGCAGCAAGACAUGCAGAUGGGCGAUCACUGGUCAGAGGAGCAGAGGGAGGACAAUCUGCUGCGGAUUUAUCAAGUCUGGGCCAAUGGUAAAGGGUGCAAGCAUAUAGACAAGAUGACUGAUGCUUUGCUGAGAGCGUUCAAGAUUAUGAUGAAAGGCAGGACUGAUGUGAACCGUCUAACAGCAGGGCAGGCCAUAAGUUUUUGUCAGCAGAACUUCUCCAAAGCACUUGCACCU